CCUAAAUCAUUCUCCGUCAAAGUCCCCCAUCUUUUAAAUUCAAUCCAACCCUUUUAAACACACACGAAAACCCACCUGAAUGCACCAAAAUAAUGGUGAAUUUCAGGAUUUUGAAUCAUGGGUUUUCCUUAGUUUUGUUUCUUUUUGUAUUUCAAUCUUCAAUUUUGCGGGGUAUAGAUGCUAAAAGGUCCCAAUCUACCGAUGAAGCUUAUGUGACUUUGUUGUAUGGAGAUGAGUUCGUUUUGGGUGUUAGAGUUCUGGGGAAAUCGAUCCGAGACACGGGUUCCAAGAAAGAUAUGGUGGUUUUGGUUUCUGAUGGGGUUUCUGAUUAUGCCAAAUCACUCCUUGAGGCUGAUGGUUGGAUUGUAGAGAUGAUUUCUUUGCUGGAGAAUCCCAAUCGUGUUCGUCCGACAAGGUUUUGGGGUGUUUACACAAAGCUGAAGAUAUUCAACAUGACUAAUUACAAAAAAGUUGUGUACCUUGAUGCAGAUACAAUUGUGAUCAAGAGCAUUGAAGAUCUUUUUAGUUGUGGGAAGUUUUGUGCUAACCUGAAGCAUUCUGAAAGAUUGAAUUCUGGAGUCUUGGUAGUCGAACCAUCUAAAACUCUUUUUAGUGACAUGCUCAAGAAAAUUACUACUUUGCCUUCUUAUACUGGAGGGGAUCAAGGGUUUCUGAAUUCAUAUUAUGCUGGAUUUGCUGAUGCGCGUUUAUUUAAUCCGAAAUUAUCACAAGAAGAGUUGAAGUCUAGACCUGUUCCUGAAAUGGAGCGCCUUUCUACUCUCUAUAAUGCUGAUGUUGGUCUGUACAUGCUUGCUAAUAAGUGGAUGGUAGACGAGAAAGAACUUCGUGUUAUUCAUUAUACCCUCGGUCCCCUAAAACCAUGGGAUUGGUGGACAGCUUGGCUGGUGAAACCUGUUGAUCUCUGGCAGGACAUCAGGCAGAAGGUUGAGGAAUCUUUACCUGGGACUGGGGGAGGAAGAAAUCCUCAAGAUGAUUUUUUGGUCAAAGCUCUUUUCCUGCUUCCUCUCAUUGGUCUUAUCUUUCUUUACAACCGCUCUUUACUUCAGGCCUUCGAGUUUUUUGGUUCGCUCUGCAGGAAUUCACCGUGGGACCGUAUGAGACACCUUGCUGUCAGAUUAAGAACAGGUGUUGUGCUUCCUUUUGCUGCAGGUUCUCCUUCAUCAGCCAUGAACUCCAAUCAGCAGCUCUACUGUGGUUUGCUAUCCAAAGUACCUUGGUUUCUUGGAGGAAUAUCAAUUUCUGUGUGUCUUCUUGCUGUUGUUAUCUCUCUUGGAUUGGCUCUUCUAAUUGUCCCACGGCAAGUGCUUCCUUGGACCGGAUUGCUACUUAUGUAUGAGUGGACUUUUACCAUCUUCUUCCUACUCUUUGGAGGUUAUCUACGGCUUGUUUAUCAAUGGGGGAAAGUAAAAUCUUCCCAAGCAGGAUCAUAUUCUUCUGAUCCUGAAUCUUUAGAUUAUGAUUCUGGGAAAGGUCAUCAGCGACAUGUGUCUUCUUACAAUACUGCGGUGCUGUAUUAUGGAUUGGGAAUGGCUUUUCUAGCAAUUGCAGUACCAUCAUUGCCUUUUCUUUGUGGAAUUACUGCUUUGUUUGUGAGACUGGGUUUGAUGGUUGUAGGAGGCAUAGUAUUGGCUGCUUUCAUGGCUUAUGCAUCCGAACACCUCGCGGUUCAAUCCUUUAUGAAAGGGCUUGAAGACCGAGAAAUGUCAUGGACAAGGCACACAUGUUGGUAAUGUUAACUAAGAUUAAUUUUUUUUUACCAAAUGUAAUUUAUCAAUAGAAUUCUUCUCUACUUUGUUUAAUUUGUGUGUAGAAUAUAUCAAGGGGGAGGGGGAGUUUUGUUUAUUCAGUUCACCCUCCGCUUAACUCGCUUGUUGUUGUAUUCUUGUAGUUUUCUCAGGCAAAACGAUUACAAACUGUAGAUAUUUGCUUUUUUAGUUUCAAAUGUACAUGAGUUGGAUAUUGUAGUUUCUGAGGAACUCUUAUUAAUCUCUUUGUAGCAUUA